CGUGGCAAAUGGGAGAUUCCACGUGAUUCCCACGUGGUGCAUACAAUAUAGCCGUUGGAGAAUAACAACGCCUUGCUGCGACCAUGACCCAGUUUGUUCAUAACUAACCGUUCUAAGAAGGAGCAUGGAAGUAAAAACUAGCCGUUACAAAUUAAGUAAAGUAUGAAAAAUCUGAUACUCACUACCUAUCUCUCUACUGACUUUGUCUUCCGGGCAAAAACAAGAUCCCACUGCUACAUACAUAUGCUUCUUCACCCGUCCUCUCUUUUAUCAUUUAUUUUCUUCAUUCUUAUAACUUCACUACGUAAAGCAAAACCAAGAAACAAGAAGAUAUAAGAUAUAUCAAACCUUACAUCUUCUUCUUCUUCAUUCUUAAUUUCUUUCAGCAAUUUUGCUGCUUCUCUUUCAUGUUCAUGGAAAAUACCUGUUGCUUCCUGAACCGAUUCCACAGCAACAAGUAUUUUUCGGCUUCUAUAGUUUCAAACAAGUUCUUUAUCUAUGCCCAUUUGUUAUUGUUUCUACUUGCUUUUACUUCUAAUUCUGUUUCAGGCCGUUCAUGGGAUGGGGUGAUUGUUACUCAAGCAGAUUUUCAAUCUCUUCAAGCCAUCAAACAUGAGCUCAUCGACUUCACAGGAGUUCUCCGGAGCUGGAAUGGUAGUGGUUCAGGAGCUUGUUCUGGUGGGUGGACAGGAAUCAAGUGUGUUAAGGGACAGGUUAUUGCUAUUCAGCUUCCUUUUAAGGGUCUCGGUGGCAGAAUCUCAGAGAAGAUUGGUCAGCUUCAAUAUUUAAGAAAACUUAGUCUUCAUGAUAAUGUUAUUGCUGGAUCAGUCCCCUGGUCUCUUGGGUUCCUUCCACAUCUCAGAGGGGUUUAUCUCUUCAAUAACCGGCUUUCGGGUUCUAUCCCUCCUUCAAUUGGUAACUGUCAUAAUCUUCAGACUCUUGAUUUAAGUAAUAAUGCACUUACUGGGACAAUUCCUCCUAGUCUUGCAAAUUCCACCAGGUUGUUUAGACUUAUUUUGAGCUAUAAUUCCCUUAUGGGUUCUAUCCCAGUACGUCUCACCAGGCUACCUUCUCUUACUAUUCUUGCUCUUCAACACAACAAUAUAUCUGGUUCUAUUCCAGAUACUUGGGGUGUUUUAGCAGGAAACAGCUCUUACCAACUUCAGUUCUUGAACCUUGAUGAUAAUCUUAUCUCUGGAACAAUCCCAGUUUCUUUGGGGAAGUUGGGAUUGCUUCAGGAGAUUUCUCUGAGUCAUAACAAGAUUGUUGGCCCUAUACCUGAUGAACUAGGGAAGAUCUCUAGGCUACAAAAAAUAGAUUUAUCAUACAAUGCUAUAAAUGGCAGCUUUCCUGAUACCUUUACCAAUCUAACCUCUCUUGUGUCUCUAAAUCUUGAAAACAAUCGCCUUGGUAACCAGAUGCCAGAUGGAAUGGAAAAGUUACAAAACCUUGCACAGCUCAACCUGAAAAAUAAUCAGUUUGAAGGUCAUAUUCCUGAAAGUCUUGGUAACAUCUCUGGUAUUUCCCAACUCGAUUUAUCCGAAAACAAUUUCAUUGGUGAAAUCCCUGCUUCAUUUGUCAGCCUAGCCAAUCUUACUUCUUUCAAUGUUUCUUACAACAAUCUCUCUGGUUCUGUUCCAUCUCUCUUCUCUAAGAAGUUCAAUUCAAGCUCUUUUGUGGGGAACCUUCAGCUAUGUGGCUACAGUACUUCAACUGUAUGUCCUUCCCCUUCACCUCUCAGUAUUGCACCUUCCCCAGAAGAAGGAACAAAACAUCAUCAUCACCAUAAACUCAGCAGCAAAGACAUUAUUCUCAUAGGAGUUGGAGCUCUCCUGGCAAUUCUACUUAUCCUGUGCUGUAUUCUGCUCUUUUGUCUGAUGAAGAAGAAGUCCACUUCAAAAGAAAAGAGUGGUAAAUCUACAGUGGGGAAAGCUGUUGAGAAGGAAGCUCCAGUGGGUGGUCCCCAAGUUGAAUCAGGCGGUGAAAUGGGUGGGAAAUUAGUCCAUUUUGAUGGUCCAUUUUUGUUCACAGCUGAUGAUUUGCUGUGUGCAACUGCGGAGAUAAUGGGAAAGAGCACUUACGGUACUGCAUACAAGGCAACAUUAGAAGAUGGUAGUCAAGUUGCUGUGAAGAGAUUAAGGGAGAAGACUACAAAGGGACAGAAAGAGUUUGAAGCUGAGGCUGCUGCACUCGGGAGGAUUCGCCAUCCAAAUCUCUUAGCCCUCAGGGCCUAUUACUUGGGACCUAAAGGAGAGAAACUCCUUGUUUUUGAUUACAUGCCCCAAGGAAGCCUUGCAUCUUUCCUCCAUGCUCGCGGGCCGGAAAUUGUUAUCAAUUGGCCAACAAGGAUGAAUAUAGCAGUAGGCGUUGCACGCGGAUUAAACUACCUCCACACACAAGAGAACAUGAUUCACGGAAAUCUCACAUCCAGCAACAUACUACUAGACGAACAGACUAAUCCUCACAUUGCAGACUUUGGCCUCAACCUUCUAAUGACUGCUGCUGCCAAUACUAAUGUGAUUGCCACUGCAGGAACACUCGGGUACCGGGCACCAGAGCUCUCAAAGCUGAAAAAUGCCAGCACCAAGACGGAUGUCUACAGCCUAGGAGUGAUCAUAUUAGAGCUCUUAACAGGAAAGUCCCCUGGUGAGCCAAUGAAUGGAAUGGAUUUACCCCAGUGGGUGGCCUCAAUUGUGAAGGAGGAAUGGACAAAUGAAGUGUUUGAUUUGGAGCUUAUGAGGGAUACACAAACAAUAGGUGAUGAUGAACUACUGAACACAUUAAAAUUAGCUCUACAUUGUGUGGAUCCAUCACCAGCAGCACGUCCAGAAGUUCAGCAAGUUCUUCAACAAUUAGAAGAGAUUAAGCCAGAGCUAGCUGCAGCUGCUAGUUCUGGAGAUGAUGGAGCUAAAGUCCCAGGUCCCCAAAGUGAAUAGAGUUAUAUUCAUUAUUACCAUAUUAUAUGUGGGUGCAAGAAUAAAAAGGGUUUUGAUUAUUUUGGUUUAGGAUUUAUAGAGAAGCAGUAGUUGAAUUCUUUUAAUUCGUAUAUAUAAGUUGGAGUGGGUUGAAUUUAUUCACCUAAUCAUGAAUAGCCAAGUUGAUUAAGGCCAAUUGAAGAUAGUGUGCAUAGGGGGAGGAUUAAAAGGGUUGAAUUUAUUCAUUAUACGUAUUCUUUUUGUAUAAGUCUAUUUGUUGUAUUCUUUUUAAUUCAUGUUUAUGUACUAAACAUAAUAAAAUUAUGAAAUU